AUGGCAGACAGUUGUCCCGGAAACAGCACAGCUGUUCCAGCUGUGCCUACCACUGCCAUAUGCCCAAAGGGUGGUAGCUUCCGAAAUGCUAUCUGUUUGCCCAGUUCCUGCCAGAGCAGGACAUGGCAACUGGUUACAUGUCAAGAAAACUGUCAGCCAUUCGGCAGGGCUCCAAGUGGCCCCGAACCUACCGGCCUUCCAGAAACUUCUUGUGUGGGUUUUGUUUGCAAACCCAUCUGCUCCCGCAUGGCCUGCUGUGAAUCUGGCACCGGUCAGUCUGCUUGUCCAGUUACAUCAUGUCACCCGUCCUGCUUGGAAUCCACUGGCUGUCAGACGAAAUGCUGUGAUGUCAGCCCCUGUCAACAAAGCUCCUGCCAAGAACCUGUCAGCACCUCUGGAUCCAGCCAGGCACCUUGUGGCCAAUCAAUCUGCUGUGAUGCAAGAUCCUGCCAGCCAUCCUGCUCUGAAGCAACUCCUGGUCCUGAAACCCCUUGCCCACCAAUCAUCUGUGCAUCUAGUCCAUGCCAACCAACUUGCUGUCAAAGAGGUUCACGUCAACACAUUGGUGGUGAAGUCCAGCCCUGCAAAGCUACUUAUUACCAACCCAUCUGCUACAUUUUUGAGCCUUGCCAAUCAGUUCCCUGCAUGCCUGUUUCCUGCCAGCCAUUGACUUGUGUGUUCAGUUCUUGCAGUCCUUCUUGCUGUGUACCUUCUGCUUGCCAGGCACCUCACUGCCAUCCAACUCCUUCUGUAUCCUUCAUCUGUCAGCCAGUGGCUAACUGCCAAUUCCCUUGUUCUGUAAAGAACUCUUGCAAACCAGCUUUCUGUGGCGCCAUGCUUUCUGGCCAACAAACUUGUGGUGGAUCCACUUCCUACAAACAAAGUGGCUGCAAAUCCCCUUCCUGCCAACCAGCUUGCUGUGUGACGGGUUUAGGAAAAUCAAUCAGUGAUGGCUUCAGCUGCUUCCAACCAACUUCCCCAAGUCUAUGCAAAGCAAAUACCUGCUUGCCAACUUCUGGCCAACCCAGUUGUGAGUCCAGCUUGUGUAAAGCAUGA